AAACGAUGCGGAUGUAUGGGAUUUUGCGGGAACUGAGUAAUAUAAAUGGAAAUUGUAUAAUAUGACGUAAAGUCCAUUCCAAUGUGAAAGUUAAAACGUCAUAAACAACUCCUAGAUACGUUAAAGGCAGUACGCGCAUUUACUGUAAUAAAAUUUGCGUACUCCCAUUUACUACCUUAAUAUCUAUUACCUUUUUACCUUUGAAGCUAAAUACUGAUAGUACAAUUGAUUGAUGAUCAACAAAAACAUAGAUUUAAAUCUGUUCGAAAUUGCUUUGACAAAAAAAUAAAAAAGAAAAAAAAAAAAAAAAAAAAGCUGAAGAGUGCGUUUGUUUACACAUGAAAAUAGUAUAUAAAUUUAUUUCAUGCCUUGUUAAGAAAAUACAAUAGAAACGGUAACUGGAAAUGCUUUACGUCUGCGUGCGUGGCGAAACGUGAAGUGCGCAGUUCGCUUAAAAAUUAUAUUUCAGAAUUGAUUUCCAAUAGGAAGUAAUAAGAAGUCUUCUAUUGAUAAGUCUAAAUGACUUUCAUUAGAAUUUUGCAGUUCAUCUUGUUUAGCUUGAUGUGCAUUUCUUAUAUCAAGUGCCAAUGUAGCCGUGACAAAUGGAAAGAUGCUGGAAUCGUACCGGAGAUUAUAGAUGAAGUUCCAGGAGAGCUGCAGGUUGUUUAUGGAUCACAUAGCGUAGAAUGUGGAGAGGAACUAAAACGCAGUGUGACUGAGUUUGAACCCACUUUAAACUAUUCGGCAGUUAAUUACGAGUUUUAUACAUUGGUUAUGAUAGAUCCAGAUGCUCCUGACCCCCACAAACCAGUAUAUGCCCAGUUCUUACACUGGUUGACUGUUAACAUACCUGGUACAAAGAUCACUGAAGGCAAAGACUUAAUGGAGUAUAUGCGUCCCAGUCCACCAUCUUAUUCUGAUGCUCAUAGGUACAUUCUCUUGAUUUACCACCAGCCAUCUUAUAUCUUCAGCCCUUCUUAUAUGGAUGGAAAAAGACGUUCUAAGUUUAAUAUGACACACAUGGUGUCGGAACUAGGGCUAGAUGGACCAGUUGCUGGCAAUUUCUUUUAUACACGUAGUUCAUAACCAUUUCAUUUUGACAGAGGUCAAAUGGAAAAAUUAUUCCGAUAAGAUUAAAUGAAUGAAAAAAUAUUUUUAUUGACACUUAACAAAAUAUAUUAUGCAAGGCAAGUUGUGAAUGAGUGUUUCAGGCUACUUUAAGUGAUUUGUUUUAUAGGGUUUUCCUACUGUUAAAAUUUAUUUUAGUUAUAAUAAAAUUAUAUGCUUUAUGCAUAAAUAUUUUCUUUUAUUUUUUAAUAUAUUUCUUUUAUAUUUAAUAUGAGAUAUUAAUACAACUUUAUUAGUUCAUGAGAAAAUACGUGGAAAUAACUGAAAUAUUUCACUAUAUUAAUUUCUUAGAUUUUCAAGUUAAUGAAGCAUAACAUUUUCAUUUCAAUUUAAGAUGUUGUUUAGAUUUUACUUAGGCUUGUUAAUAUUCAGAAUUCAUUUAAUAUGAAUGCUUAUUUAAAUGAAAUAUUAAAAAGCAAAAUGAAAAAAAAAAAA